CUUUUGACAGCCGUCGCGAAGGCUCGACCGAACGUAAUCUGUGACUUGUGCAUCUCUUUUCCGCUCGCGCUGACUUUUCUCUCUCACACACCCUCGACUUGCUCCGGUUUGCGACUUUCCGACAAUCCGACAAUCCGACUUGCGCGCGCGCGCGAAUAUCGAUUGAUUGGUAAAUUCCGGUAAGUUUCCAUUUUCCGAUACGAACGCAUGUAUGACGUAGCUGUCUCUCUCUCUCUCUCUCUUUUCAAAAAGCCCAUUUUUCCACUUUUCCCCAUUGUGUCUGACAACGUCAUCUUUCGAGAAAAAGUUGAGAAAUUUGAAUUUAACCGUUAGUUUACACAAGUUGAAGCAAUCUUCCUCGCGGGAGAAGGAGAGAUUUAACACUUGGGAUGGCAAACUUGAAGGUGCGUGUCAACUCACCAAGGGUGCGCUACUCGGAGGAUAUGAUUGAGGCGGAAUACGAGUAUCGGACCACCAACGUGGCUAACGAUGGCGAUACCUACACGGUGACACCUAUAUCAACAAAAUUGCUCAUCAGGACCAUGGUAAAAGUACCGAAGCUGGGCCUGAUGUUAGUCGGCUGGGGUGGAAACAACGGUAGCACCGUAACUGCCGCUUUACUGGCGAAUAAGCUAAAGUUAUCGUGGGAGACAAAGGAAGGUCUGAAAACAGCCAACUGGUACGGUUCUCUGACGCAAGCAUCCACCGUGAAAUUGGGCAGAAAAGUCAAAGGGGGAAACGUUCAUGUACCUAUUUCCAGUAUGCUGCCUAUGGCCAAUCCAGAUGACAUCGAGAUCGACGGCUGGGAUAUAUCGGGUGUAAACCUCGCGGAAGCCAUGUCGCGUGCCAAAGUGCUGGAUGUAAACCUGCAAGUACAAUUGCGAUCCUACAUGGCACACAUGCGGCCCAGGAGGAGCAUAUACUAUUCCGAUUUCAUCGCUUCGAAUCAGGGCAAAAGGGCAAAUAACAUCAUUACGGGUACCAAGGCCGAGCAACUCAGCUUGAUUCGCAAUGAUAUUGUACAGUUCAAGACUGCAAAGGGUCUCGACAAAGUCAUUGUCCUAUGGACCGCAAAUACCGAAAGAUUCUCGGACAUCGUAACAGGCGUCAACGAUACAGCCGACAAUUUGUUGAAGGCAAUCGAAGAAGAUCACUCAGAGAUCAGUCCCAGCACCAUGUUUGCUGUGGCAGCGGCUCUAGAAGGAUGUACUUACAUCAAUGGAUCGCCGCAAAAUACUUUUGUGCCGGGUGCCCUUCAACUAGCCAAGAGGCACAAGACAUUCAUCGGCGGCGACGAUUUCAAGUCCGGUCAAACAAAGCUCAAGUCUGUGCUUGUGGAUUUCUUGGUAUCGACCGGUAUAAAGCCAAUGUCGAUCGUCAGCUACAACCAUUUAGGAAAUAACGAUGGAUACAAUUUAUCUGCACCGCAACAAUUUCGUUCGAAAGAGAUCUCCAAGAGUAACGUUGUAGACGAUAUAGUGGAAUCCAACAAGAUUCUCUACAAGCCCGGAGAGAAACCGGAUCACUGUGUCGUUAUAAAAUAUGUUCCUUACGUUGGUGAUAGCAAGAGAGCGAUGGAUGAGUACACUUCCGAAAUAAUGCUAGGCGGUCACAACACCAUCGUGAUCCAUAAUACAUGUGAGGAUUCGCUUCUCGCGACUCCCAUUAUUCUCGAUCUUGUCAUUUUAGCCGAACUCUGCUCUCGCAUCACCUUCAAGAGAGCGGACGAUGACGAAGAAUUUUCCGGCUUCCACAGUGUACUUUCUAUCUUGUCGUAUCUCUGCAAAGCUCCACUGGUGCCCCAUGGGACUCCGGUGGUGAAUGCCUUGUUCCGUCAACGGGCUGCCAUCGAAAACAUUCUACGAGCUUGUUUGUCAUUGCCACCGGAGGACAACAUGUUGCUCGAACACAAACUCACCUUUAACAUUUAAAAAGAGAGAGAGAUGCAAUUGAGAAUAAGGGUUAUAGAGUGAAUAAGAGGUGAGCGCGCGGAGAGGAGGGUGGAGUAGGGAAAGGAGAAAAAGAGAAGGAAGAAACUUAAGAUAAAGUGGAAACUUGGCUCGAUUGCUAUCAAAGAAGUAUAGUGUUUUAUAUACGAUAAGAGAUACACACACACACACACACACACACACACAACGGAAUUUUUUAAUAUUAUCAUAUAGCUGGCUAUAAACAAUUGAAUUUUGAUAUGAAAAUGUGAAUUGUUCAACGUUAUAACAAACAUAAAUUUUCCCCACAAGUUGGAGCAUUUUCAGUUGUAUUAAUCAAUUAUGGAGGUUUUGGAUGAAUUAAUUAAUAUAAUUAUACGACGAUUGUGUGUGCGCGUGCGUGUAUGAAAUGAUGAGUUGCGAUAUAUAUAAAUGAAUAUAAUUGCAGGUAGAUAACCAAUGAAACCUUACCAAGUACACAUUUCGUUAUAGAUUUCAAGUACCGUGAGAAUUGCAUCUCAUCGAAAAUAGAUUCAUAUGCAUUGAAAAAGUAUAUGUAUUAUGUUCCACUGAAAUACUAGCAAUUCUACAAAUAGUAUAAAACCUGUUAAUUGAUAUAUCGAUAUUGUUUUAGCUCGUCUCACGAAAGUUUUCAAUUAAAAAAGAAAUGCUGA